AGUCAGGUUUGUAUUGCCUCCCAAGGACUCUGUCGCGUGUACCUGCGUUAUCGACCGAAUUUAGGCGGCCGACGAUAUCUUAAGGGCACUAGCUAAUCGAAGACAACAUUCCUUGUAACAUCAUUCAAUGACGGUGGGGAAUGGGCAGACGGGAAGGCAGGCGCGUUAGAAACAAUGUCUCGUCCAAACGGCCGGCUCUCUCUAUUUUGGCCCAUAAAUUCACUUUUAUUUUUAUUUUAUUUUUACCCCCUAUUCUCUCCAUUGAUGAUUUCACUGGGGCGUCUUUUCCUUUGCCUCCUUUCUUAUUUCAUUUAUUUCUACUUGUAUGGAUCAUUGCGUUUUCGUCUCUGAUCUCCGCGCACGUCAUAUCGCGAACCAAGAUGACAUGUCCUUUCCACGAUAUGAGCAUAGGCAAGGUCCUUCGUCGGCCAAAGGGUUACCGAAAGGCCGGGAAUCCGCUGUGAAGACCCGAUCGCGGCUACGUCUUGUCUUUCAAUAUUAGAAAUAUUC